CACGUGAUAUGAAUAACAGUUCCUCAAGUAGCAAGUUUGAAGUAGGGAGCAGGUUAUCUGCACUGCACCACGUUUCGAACAGCCCAACAAGAAAAAUCACCCCAACCCAUCAGAUCCCAAACAGCGGUUCGGUUCCUCCCUUGGAAUGGAACACUUCUAGAUCUACUCCUUGGAACAAGUUAUGAAAAUGGCUAUAUCUCUUGUACUGAGUCGACUCAUUCUCUUCCUCACUCUCACCUACUUUGCAGCCGUCUCAUCAUCUACUACGACCUCAACAACUCUAAAACGGCACUCUGGGUUUCUCUACUCUAGAACCCGAGAAAAAUGCACUCCUCAGUUCUGGAGCAGCAGGAGAGAGGCGUGGCCAAGGAUGGUCCCACAGGGAUCAACGGUAUCGAACGUGUUCGGGUCGAGAGCGAGUGAGCGGUACAGAUCGGAUAUGACAUUGUUGGAAUCAAGGGCUGUGAAUGAAGAAGGGAACGUGUUCAAUGAGCUGCUGAAGCAGGCGAGUGCUGCAUUGCUGAACUCGUAUGCGAGGAAAGGGUUCCCUUACUCGGCAUGGGAAGUGAAGACUCUGAUGAUUCAAGGGUUGGUCUCGGAACAUGCCGCAGCACGCCUAACCAGACGCUUUUCCGUUGCCAAUGAUGCUUGUAUUUAGUAGUAUUCGGGUUGAUACUAGCUUAAAAGGCGAUAGGAGAAGCUAGUUUUGCUUGAAGCACUACGACUCUGUUCUUUUUAUUUUUAGUUUGUCAAUUUGGUAGAUUAUCGCAAAUUAAAUGUGAAUUCGAUGAAAGAUAUUUCUCAUUGGUCCUUUUAGGUGCUCAUGCAUGUCGAGGUAUUGAAGGAUUAUUGGGAACUUAAUAAUACUGGUGUACUGUGUUGAUUCUUCCA